AUGAAUGUUCUUUUGGUGGUGCUGAGUUUCAUUCUCAGUGUGGACACACAGUGUUAUACAAGUCAAGGAUGUGGCGGAUCCAGUGGCGGCUAUCAACCCUCCUAUGGUCAUCACUAUUCUCAGCAAAUAGCCCAACCUCCUCCUCAACUCAUCGCUCAGCAAAUACCUCAACCACAACCGAUUGAGUACUAUUACCGAUCAAACUCGUAUGCUCAAUCUCCAUUGGAUACGCUGAGCAGCGUCGAUAAGGAGCCGGCAACAGCUCCCGCCUCAAGAGAGAAACCUCAAAUUAAGGAGUACGAGGAGUAUGACAAGAAGCUCCCUGAGCUGAAAGAAACUGUCGUAGAGGAAUCAACCCCGACACAUGAGACUGCCGUCAUUAAUCCGUCGAAGACGUACAUACGAGAGGAAACCUACCAAACUCAACCUCAACCUCAACCUCUACCCUACCAACCUCAUUCCUAUCAACCACAACCGUUCCAACCGCAACCUUAUCAACCUUACCAACCGCGUCCAGUUUCAUACAGACCGCUACAAGUGCUACAAACAGGAGGAUGUGGAGGGGUUCAGCCUCAGUACUACCGACCAGCUCCGUACAUGCCAAGAGGAUAUAUGAUGCCAUACGCACCAGGUCCCACGUAUCCAUCACUGCCUCCUCCACCUCCACCACCUCCACCACCCCAGCCAUAUCCACGAGGAAGUGCCAGUGGCUGGGUUUCAAAGAAACGGAAGUUCCGACGCCAAACUGGAACUGCUCCUGAUAAAACAUCUUCUAUAUUGGUAGAAGCCGCUGGAUCUGAAUUUUACGCACAAUCUGCAAAGACGGUCAAGGCCGAUCUGUCGGGCUCACUGAAGGCGCAGAACGAAACCGAAUUGAACGACACACGAUGCACGAAUAAGGAGCUGAAGGACAUCAUGCGAAAAAUCUCGUAUCGUACACCAUCAUUAGCGAAACGCCUCAUACAAAGGAUCGCCGAGGAAAAAUUAGGAGGAAUGUUCGCGGUGUUCUGCUCCAAGGACGAUUUUACCUAUGUCUCUCGAAGUAAAGUGUACUGUCAAGUGGAACGCGAUGACGUUGUCUGCUAUGCGUUCCAGCAUAAGUGA